AACCAGGCUCCUUCUUCGGCCUCCAUCUGGUCACGAAACCCGUGUUCAGACGGUUUGGGUGGGUGGUUCCGGACAGCCUCGCACGCUCUUCCGCGCCCUACUAUGACGGUGAGGAUUCCGAUGAGAGUAUUAACGAGACCUCCAUCGAGUUCCUUCACAACCACGGCAUACGCAACAUCAUCAGUUUGAACUCGGUCGAGAUAUCGCCGCGGGAGAAGGGCAGGCUUCGCGCCGCCCAGAUCUCAUACUCGCACAUCAUGGCACCGGAGUGUGCCGCGCCCGCACAAGAACAAUUCGAUCAGAUCUGGAAGGCCUAUAAGGGGGCGGGGGUUACAAUCGUCUACUGCGGGUAUGGGGAUGGGAGAACCGGGAUGGCCAUCAGCGCAAUUCAGCUUUUCGAGGGUCGUGCCCUGGGCGAACUCGACUUCAGGGCAAACGGUGUGCAGUGCGGCGGUCAGAUAGAGGCUUUAAACGCAUUGAGGGAGGGAAUCCAUCGGCGAGUCUCUCCUCCUCGGGACAAGAUCUCACUCCAUGCCGGUAUCCUGACCUUUGCUCCAAACAGUGUAGAAAAGCACAGCGACUCACCCAGCACCCGCGAUACGGAACUCCCACCAUACGCAGCACCCUAAAAACGAUAAGUGAUAGAAUGCGUCGCGUUAGGGCUAUAGAAGGACGGUAGGAUCAGGGAAAGUGCAUAUGGUGAUAGGCCGAGGUAUGCCGAUGGGGUAAUAGGAUGGCGUGGUUAUUGCCCGAGUAUCAACUGGAAAGGUAAUCACAGGGAGGCAACGGUGGAUCCGUGAAGUUUGGAGAGGUUGGGGAAUUUGAUGACGGUCGGGAGGAGGAAGAGGAGGAGGAACCUCCAGGGGAGAAUUAAUAUCCUAGAUACAAGUGUCAAGAAGAAGGAGUAAUCCCGUAUUGAGCGAG